GUUUGCCAGCUAGCAAAACUUGGAAGUAACCUUUUGAGUGUAAGAUAUAGCCCCAUGUUCACAUGAUAUGCUAUAAUAAAAUCCCUUUUGUUUUCUUCUCAUACUCUUUAUAUCACUAUUCCUAUUUCCUAUAUAUCACCUCACACUCCCUCCCCUUACAAUCACUCCACAUUACACUCUUAUUUCUCCUCUCUCUCUCUUACCAAUUAAGCAUGGAGUCCUCAAAAUUCUAUGCUUACUUCAUCAUUUGCAUGCUCUUUAUCUCUUCAGCUACACCAAUUCUUGGUUGUGGCACUUGCGGAAACCCUCCGAAAAAACACAAGCCCGGUAAAAAACCAAUCGUAAAACCACCAAGUGUAAAUCCACCGAGUGGGAAACCACCAGUGACAAUACCACCUGUUACCGUUCCUCCAACUUUGCCUAUUCCUAACCUUCCAAUCCCUCCGCUUCCUCACCUUCCAGUCCCGCCAGUCACAGUUCCUAACCUUCCAGUUCCUCCAGUGACCGUUCCAAACCUUCCCGUUCCUCCGGUGAUUCCUCACCUUCCUAACCUUCCAGUUCCUCCAGUGACCGUUCCAAACCUUCCAGUUCCUCCUGUGACAGUUCCUAACCUUCCAAUCCCUCCGGUGCUUAAUCCACCAAGCACAGGAGGGAGUACACCCAAAGGGAGUACACCCAAAGGGAGUACACCUAAAGGUAACUGUCCACCAAAGACUACACCGGUGAAAAACACGUGUCCAAUCGACACUUUGAAAUUGGGUGCUUGUGUUGAUUUGCUUGGAGGAUUGGUACACAUUGGACUUGGUGACCCAACUGCCAACAAGUGUUGUCCUAUUCUUCAAGGACUUGCUGAAAUUGAAGCUGCUGCCUGUCUUUGCACUACUCUUAAGCUCAAGCUUUUGAAUCUUAACAUUUAUGUUCCACUUGCUCUUCAGCUCCUUUUGGCUUGUGGGAAAACUCCUCCUCCUGGUUACACUUGCUCUCUCUAAACCAAUUGAGGAAUGUAUGGUUCAAAUCGACAUGAAAGGAUGUCGAGCCACUCUCUCUUCUCUCUUGAUUGUUGUUUGUAAUUUGUCUAUUAAUUAUUUGUAAAACCAUUUGUUUUUAAUUGAUAUUAAUGUUGCAUGUAUGUUAAUCCUAGGAUAUUAAAGUUGCAGCAAACAUGCUUCUAUGUAACCCUUUAAAAUUAUUCAUUUUAGUUGCGUUUUCCUGAA